CGGUCAGGCACUGCGCAUGCGUGAGCCUGUCACACAGGUGGGUGGGGAAGAGUGUAGUCCUGACAAGACGAGCCACCAGAGCGGCCGCUUUAGUCUCCAGAUAAAGAAUAUAACAAGGGAAAAUGGCUUGGAGUCGUCUGACGGGCACAGUGAGUGUUAACGUGUUGCUCUUGCUGUUCCUGUCCUCAGUUGUGAGCGCUCUGAUUGGUAGCCAGCUGUCCUGCCGGACCUAUGAGGAGUGUGAACGUCACGAAUACUGCGCCAUCCUGCCCAAUCAGGUGGAAGGAAAAUGCCUGGGACGAGACUGUUACGGCGAUGCUGACUGCCCUGGGGACGUGACGUGUGACAUGUCGGAGCCGGUCUUCGUGCCAGAGCGGGACACCCACCGGGGAGCCUGCGGGACCGGCUACUCCCGCCCCCGCCCGCCGGCAGCUGAGUGCCUGUCAGACGCAGACUGUGAGAUCCCCGGGGCCCGCUGUGUGAAGGGUUACGGCACCUGCAGACCGGUCAACCGACAGGCUAUCAUGGACCCGAACGAGCGGUACUGUCGUCAGCAGGACGACUGUCAGUACGGAGAGCAGUGUGUGGAGAGUUACGUCUGCCGGCUGGACACCUCGCAGAAACAACCGGUCGUACCGGGGAACCAGCAACUGGCUUGUAACCCGUACGGCAGCUGUACUCCGUGUCGCGGGGACGGCCAGUGUGCCUCGUACGAGUACUGCUCAGACCAGUCCGGAGUGACCACAGGACAGUGUCUGGGCCAGGACUGUUACGGUGACGCGGACUGCGAAGGCGGGCGCUGUAACGGUGGGUUCCGCCAGCCCAACACCCGCGGCUGGUGCAGCGCCCCCACGCGUGCAGUCGUCGCACUGCAGCGGCCCGACCCCUUACAGGUGGUCUACCCCGAGUACCCCUACCAGUCCCUCUACCCACAAUACCGCCAGUCACUGAUAGACUAUAUGCAAGGAGAUAGCAAAACCCUGGACCCAGCUAAUGUUAAAGACGAAGACAAGAAGGGGGAAGAACGCAAGGCAACUCCAAAGGACAAGCGACUGCGUCUCUACGAAGCCAGGCGCGAGAAGCGACUGCAGGCGUUUCUGAAGAAGGAGAAAGAACGCAUGGACAAGUGGACCAAGAGGGAAGACAAGCAUCGCUUGAAGGCCUUGGGUCUGUAGGUUUGUUUUUGUCAGGACAGCGUGCUAAUCUCCAAGCAGAGGUUUGGGUGGAAGAUCGCAACGUUUUUGCUGACUGCAGGGCUUCUCUACUCUCCACCAGACUAUUUUAAUAACAGCGAGGGUUCAAAAAUAGCAAAAAUGUAGCCAAACAGGGGACAAAAUU